AUGCCUCCAGUCAAAGGCCGCCGCAGGCGCCAGAAAGACGAGAUCUAUUUUAUCAACGCCCGCCCCUCCACCGACGACGAGCGCAUCAAUAUUCAGCGCAUGGUACGCGCUCAUGUCGGCCGAUGGAUCUCCGAUCAGACCAAAGACCGUUCCGCUAGCAUCUCGGACACCUAUCCCGACGCUCAAUUCCACCCCUCCGUCGAAAAAAUCCACCCCGAAACCCCGUCGCAACCUCCUGAACUCGACACCGAUGAAACUCUUUUCCCCUCGUCCUCGCCCUCUGCUUCGCGCACCUCCUCGCCGCAUUCGCCCGAAUCCAUCACCUCCAACAGUCUCACUUCGACUCGACCUUCCUCGCAACAGGCUCAAUCGGUCCUCAUUCUCCCGACGUCCCAGAAGGAGUCUCCCGUGAAUGCGUUUGAAACCGGCCGCCGCUGGUCAGUGGAUUAUGCUGAAAACAGUACCGACAGCUCCAGCUCGGACCCGGGAGACUGCAUUGAAGUCAUCGGCGGCAAUGUGCUUGAUCCCUUCCACACAUAUCCGUCGCAGUAUUCUCCCGAGGUUGUUCAUGCCUGCGAAAUUUACUGCCUCCAAGUCUUAUGGCCUCGUCUGACUCCUGGCUCUUCGGAUGGACACGAUAACUUGGCUUCGUCGAGCUGGUUCCCCCUCUCGUUGACUGAUCCUACCCUUUUCACGGCCUUUUUAUUUGGUUCGCUGUCCCACCAACGGGUGCAAUGGGUCAAUCGCUGGAUACCCGAGGGUGCAUUCCGCGCCCGUGACCAACAAUUAUUGCAACUGUGCGAGUUUGAGACGAUCAAGAUGAUCAACCGCGAGGUGCAACAUCCGACGCGUGCUGUCUGCGAUUCCGUCAUUCUCAGCGUUAUAUGCAUGGCCCAUAACAUUGCCGAUGAUAACGAUCAACGACGGCACCGUCUCACCCCAUUUACAGCACCAAUGAGACGAUUGCAGUGGCUAGAUGUAUACGGCAGUCUUCCGCCGAAUCUAGUCCACAUACAGGGUCUGGUUCAAAUGGUCAAACUACGGGGAGGACUAGACAAUAUUACCCUUCCGGGCUUGGCCCCAGUCCUAUCGUUCUCGGAUAUCGUCACCGCUUCCACGUAUCUCACCCCUCCGGCGUUUACAUUUUACCCUCUCUGCGAGAGCCGAAAGAAUCUUUCAAUCCAUGAGCUUCUGGGAUACAAUACAAUGGACGCUGAGCGUCGCUACGGCCAUCUGCAACAACUCGGCCUAACCCCAGAGUUGAUCGACGUUUACCAGGCCAUGCACAUCUAUACGGGUAUCGUCGACGGUCAUCUGCGAAAGAAUCCGUCCAAAAUUGAUGAGGCACUCCUCGCUGACCAGCGCAACCUGGUGCACCACACCAUGCUCUCCAUCCCAACUGCCAGCCAGGGCGAUGGCUUUUCCGGUUACAAUAACAACGAAGAAAUCAUCUACGAGGCGUGUCGUCUCGCCGGCCUCGUCUUUAGUGUGGGCGUGAUUCUGCCCCUGCCAGCCCAAAGCACGCCGCUCACGCAGCUCGCCACCCUGAUCAAGGCCCUCAUGCAGUUCUUCAACCCCGCCAUUGUCUGGUCACAUCCACAUGCGCGUAUGACGCUACUCUGGGUGCUUAUGAUGGGCGGUAUUGCGGCCGAGAAUACGCCCGAACGAGCCUGGUAUGUGUCGACACUCCGCCAGGCGGCUUGUGAGAACGGGGUGGCUUCGUGGGCAGACAUGCGCAAGGUUCUGAGCAAUAUUUUGUGGUGGGAUAUCGCCUGCGACCAGCCAGGGCAUAGACUGUGGCUGGAAUUGGGCCGAUCAAUCGUCCGAUGA